AUGGCGAAUACAGUAGAAAGAAAUUCUGAAUUCAUCAAAAAAUUAAUCAGAACAAACAAUUCAAUUAAAAACUCGACAUUAAGAACGACACGUAAAUUUCUUCAACUUCAACAAAAUAUUUUAGAAAAACUUACAAAUAUUUAUGAAAAUCUGACAACAAUAAAAAAUACAGCUCAUAUUUUUCUCGAUGAUGGAAAACAAAAGAUUAUUGAAGAAUGCAAACCAUAUGAUAAAGUACAAUUAGCAGUUUGUGGAUAUAAUUCAUCAGGAAAAACAUCUUUUGUUCAUGAAUUACUCGAAUGUGGAAAAUUUUUACCAACUGGUACUGGAGCAAUAUCAGCACGUAUUGUUAAAUUUACUUAUGCAUCUAACGAUCAAGCCUGUAUAGUUUUAUAUCGUUCAAUUAUUGAUGGUGUUGAAAUAAAAAGAAGCAAAAUAGAUCUAUCAUCCUGUUUUAUUGAGUAUUCAUCGACAAAAAAAGCUAAUGUAAAAGCAUUAAAAGAAAAAGUGAAAGAACAUUUAUUAAGACCAAUUGAUUGUGAUGAACAUUCAGAUGAAUUUGAGAAAUGGGCUGCUUUUUUCGUUGAAAUUCGUCUUCCAUCACCGAUUCUUGAACUUGGUUUAGAAUUGUAUGAUACACCAGGAUUUUUAGCUUCUGAUGCUCCUGUUCUACGAAACAAUCUAUUGGCUUUGAUUAAAGCUAUGCGCCCUUCUCUUUUAUUUCUCUACGAUAAUCCGACUGUAUCUGAUGAUACACGAAAAUGUUUUGAGCAAUUUAAACUUACCCUUAGUCAUCAUUUUCGUGGGACUGGAAUUUUUUUUCUCAAUACAAAAGCUGAUGUCACAACCAUACGCAAUGAUCAUGAAGAAGAUGAUGAGGAUGAGACAACACUGCUUGAAAAAGAACGAUUAAAACGAUUCAACUUAUUACUCAAAGUUAAUGAAAUGAGCAGCGAUCUAUCGAAUGAAAUGCGUACUUCUCUGGAAAACUGUGAUUGUUUCGAUAUCUUUAGUGUUCAGCAACCAACAGAUCCCAUGGAAAUAAUCAUGAAGAACAAUACAAUCAAUCGUAUUAUUUCUUUUGCUGCUAAACAUGAUUUGAAAAGUAUCAAACAAGUGAGUGAAAUUAUUCUUACUGUUAUUGAUGCUUUUUUUGAUUUUGUUCUUAUUACUAAUCGACGAUCUCAAAACGAAUGGGAUAAAUUGCGAGAUGAAGCUUUUCAAUGGGGUAAAAGCUUCUUUCAGGAAUACCGUUUGAAAAUUGAUUACAUUGUAAAUGAGAUCAAUCGACGUCUUCCUCAACGAUUUCGAGAACGACGUGAUAAUAUUGAAAAACGUGCUGUGAUCAAUUGUGAACGAGGAAGAUGGUGGCAACGCAAUGCAGCUGUGAGACUUGCAGUGGAACCAUUUAUAGUGGCCGAUAUAUGCGCGAAUGACGAUGUUCUUGACUUUAAACCACCAGGUGACCGGAACACACCUAUUAGUUCAUGGGACCCAAAUUAUUGUCACAAGAAAUUUCUCGAACUGAUUGUCGAAAACGAAAUAUUCAAACCAGUGUUCACAGAAGUUUUGUGCUCAACUAACAAUGAUACAAGUCUCGUCAUCAAUCAACAGUUAUUAUCAGUUUGUAGUACCAAGAACGAAUUAUUGAACGCAGCAUAUCGAGAAAUAUUAAAGUAUACUAACGAUAUGGGUGUUUUUCUUCGUCAUCGUAAUGUGAUGAACGUAGUCGACAAAUUUGUAAGCUCGUUCGUAUUCCUACCUUUCUACACUGUUAUAAGCAUCCCUCUACAUGCUUCUAUGUAUUUGUAUGAUAAAAUUAAGGGCAGAAAUCCGGGAGAAACUUGGAGACGGGGCGAGAUUGAGAAUGAAAAAGAAUAUAUUCGAGAGUUUCUUCAAGAUUUUGAAAACAAAUUAUCAACAAGGAGUGAAGAAAUUCGAAAUAGUAUAGGUGAAUGCAUUAAUAAAGGUGAAAAUGAAUUCGUAGAUAAAAUUAAUUGUUAUCAUAAACUCGUACUUAAGACAAUUGCACAUCGACAGAAAGCUUAUGAACUAGCAUGUACUUUGGCUCCACAAUUCGCACGUAUAGAAUGUCAGUUAGUAGCCAAUCUUGAUUUAUCCGAACAUAAUGGUGAUUCGCCAGAUAUUAAACAAGAAGUUAUAGGUGAAGGCGGACUUUUCCUAGUUCAUCCGUGUUCUUGGGGAUCUAACGAACGUCUUGUUGCCAAAGAGUUACGUGAUUCCAUUGUCCAUCGAAAUAUUGACUAUAUGGAAGCUCAUUUUCAUCGAACUGUCACUCGUUUGAACAUUAAUCAUAUUGCUCCAUUACGAUAUCUUUACGAAAAACCAGAUGAACCCAAUAAACUUUUUAUUUUAUUACCUCAUUAUGAAACAGAUUUACAUCGUUAUCUUCUCGACCAUAUCCAUGAAGUAUCUCUGGAUAAAGCGAUUCAGAUUUCGCUCGACAUUGCUCGUAUUAUAACACAAAUGCAUUCUCAAGGAUUAGUUCAUCGAGAUAUUAAAGUUUCGAACAUCCUCCUCGAUACCAAUCAACAGGUACUUCUUGCUGAUUUUGGUACUUGUAAACAUGGAGUUGAAAAUUCUACUUUUAUUGGUACACCACCAUUUCCACCUGAACUGACAACAAAUUCUUCUUCUUCUUCUUCUUUUUCUAUCGAUCAUCAAUGUUCUUAUGAGGGUUCAGCUUUUGAUGUAUAUUCACUUGGUGUACUGAUGUACAUGGUAUCUCCCAAACCAAUCUAUGAUCGACCGAAUCCAAUUUCUCAAGCUCAUAUCAAUGCUCUUGAUCAAAUUCCAGAGACUUAUCGUCAGCUGAUUUCCAGAUGUCUCAAUGUCAAUCCAAAAGAUCGACCUACAGCCAAAGAAGUUGUUGCACAACUUGAGUUGAUCACUGAGCAAGUAGCUAAUUCUAAACCAUGUCUUAUCUGUCUUGAUGAACUUCGAUUUGCUCGAUGUUUACCAUGUCGUCAUAAGACAAUGUGUAGAAAAUGUCUUCUUCAAGCUCAACAAGCUACUCAUAAUCCUAAAUGCAUUAUUUGUAACGAAAUAUUCACAAAUGCAGAAGAAGAUACCAAUGCUAAUACAUAUAUGCCAACAUAA